CUUACCAUAAGGUAUGGAUACUUGGUACUUCUGAGUACGUACUGUGAAACUAAACCUCACAUGACCUCAUCCUACCUAAGGUAACCUUGAAUCUUUCACUGUCUCUCUGUCCUCCUUCCUCCUCCAUCCUAAACCACCACGAAACUAUCACCACCGACACCGAGAACGAGACUAAUUCGCCGGAGAAUCAUCUUUACCCUCCCCAAAGCAGAAGGCAAAAAACAAGAAAAAGAACAACUCCACACAAUGCCGUUCAGGUUCAGCAUACCACGCGCCCUCCGGCGCCCCCCCAUCCACACCAUCUCCAUCCAUCCCCUCCUCGUCCCCCUACCUCUCCUCUCCCUCCUCACCCUGGUCGCCCUCACCAUCCUCCCCGGCGUCGAGAUCCCCAUGCUCUACUCCCAAUGCCACGCCCGCGCCCGCCUCCCCUCCGUCUCCUGGAUCCCCGCCCUCGGCGCCCCCCUCUGCUUCAUCCUCUCCUUCUUCCACGAGGCCCUCGCCGCCGUCCGCUCCCGCGCCACCCUGGCCGUCAUCCUCGCCUACCUCGCCGCCAUGCUCACCGUCUCCCUGGUCGAGGCCGCCCGCGUCGCCUCCCGCCCCAACUGGCUCCUCCGCCGCGUCCUUCUCCUCUGGUUGGUCCUGGAACUCGUCGGCGGCGCCAUCGUCUGGCAGCUUCUCAUCGUGGGAUCCUUCCUGCUCCAGACCGGCCGCGAGGUGUCUCGUCACCGCAACGCCCAGAAGGCUCUCGUCACGCCCCCGGCGGAGCAUCGCGAGGAAGGUGGCGAGGGAGCAGACGCAAGAGCAGAAGCAAGAGCAGAAGCAAGAGAAGCAGCAGCCUCCGCCGAAGACGCUGCCACCCCCACCACCCUGACCCGCGAAGCCAUCCGCCGCAGACGCCUGGAAACCGACUCGGACGCCCUGGCCAUCCCCAUCGCCGUCGAGCUCGGCUUCGUCCUCCCCGCCAUCAUCAUGUUCAUCUACCACACCCCCGCCACCAUCGGCCUCUGGCUCCUCUUCCCCGUCAUCGUGUCCGUCGUCCGCCGCGCCGUCCGGGGCAUCGUCGCCGCCAUCAUCUCCCUCCGCCGCCGCCGCCGCCGCCGAACCCGUGCCGACGCGACAGGCGAACCAUCAUCCUCCUCCCGGCCCUCCACCCGCCCUCGCGCCCUCGACCUCGAGGCGAACCGCCUAGGCCUCGCCCUCGUCUACGCCUUGCCCGUCCUCCUCUCCCUCCUCGCCCACGUCUUCUGGAUCUGGUCCCUCACCCGCCGCGACGACCGCAAGCAGAUGACCCGCGCCGUCGUCGACUUCCUCCAGCUCGACGCCGCCUUCAUGCUCAUCACCUCCCUGUACUGGCUCUUCGUCGAGACCGGCUGGAAGCUGUUCCUCUACGUCGUUGCCUCGUCCGUCGUCCUGGGCCCCGGCGCUGGCCUGUGCAUCGGUUGGAUCUUGCGGGAGAAGGCCAUCCGCGCCGGUUUUGACGAGGAUGCCGCCCUGGUCCGCCAGCGUGGUCGGGAGGGGAGCCUGCAAGGGGAGGAGGGACAGGACCGUCAGGUGACUGGCCAUGACGAACCCGCCGGCGAGGAAACGCCUUUGCUGCGGUCGAGUUGAUAGUCCUUGGGAUUGCUAGGUCGUACUAAUUUAUUAUUUUUAUUGCCUUCCCUUACGUAGCUAUUCUCACGUGCACCCACGAAUCAAGCCAUCGAUCACGUCGCGGGCAACAAAAGUAUUCAAGGAUAGGAUAGAAUGCGAGACAAGUACGGUCCCAUCGGCAUUCACUACAAAGUCUGUAUAGAGAAGUAAAAACACCUCUAUCCAGGAUCCUCUCAACCCCCAUCACCCACCCACCAUCCGUCCCAUGUGGGAGAGCCAAAACGCGUAUCAACGCCAAAAACCAUCUCCCCUAAUAUCCUGCAAGUUAAGCACUAGAGGUUAAACGUACUUACACGCCAGCCAUCAGAGAGUAAUGAAGAAAAAAAAAAAGAAAAAAAAAGGAAGGAGGGGAAUGCACAAGACUCGUAUGAGUGGAUGU